AUGUCACCACACUCCAAUGCCCCGCCUUCGGGCCCGCGCCCCGAGUACGACCAAGAGAUCAAGGACAUGGCCGACUACAUUCACAACUACAAGAUCGAAUCAGAGCUCGCGCUCGACACUGCUCGUUACGUCUUCCUCGACACACUUGGAUGUGGUCUUGAGGCCCUCCAAUUCGAAUCCUGCACCAACUUGCUCGGACCUAUCGUCCCCGGCACCGUCGUCCCCAAUGGUACUCGCGUGCCCGGUACCCCUUACAUCCUCGACCCCAUCAAUGGUGCAUUCAACAUUGGUGCUAUGAUCCGUUGGUUGGACUUCAACGACUGCUGGUUGGCUGCGGAGUGGGGUCACCCAUCGGACAACUUGGGAGCCAUCCUCGCCGUGACUGACUGGAUCAACCGAACCAACAAGUCUGGCUCUGCUGCCAAGAUUGCUGGCGGCAAGAUCUUCACUGUUCACGAUGUGCUCGAGGGUAUGAUCAAGGCUCACGAGAUUCAGGGCUGCUUGGCGCUCGAGAACAGCUUCAACAAGGUCGGUCUGGACCACGUCGUCAACGUCAAGGUCGCUUCCACCGCUGUCGUCGCCAAGAUGCUCGGUCUCAACGAGUCUCAGACCCGUGAUGCCAUCUCCCAGGCCUGGGUCGACGGCCAGAGCAUGCGUACCUACCGUCACACUCCCAACACCAUGUCCCGAAAGUCCUGGGCUGCCGGCGAUGCGUGCGCCCGUGCCGUCGACAUGGCGUUGAAGGUGCUCAAGGGUGAGGGUGGUAUGGCCACUGUUCUGUCCACUCCUACCUGGGGUUUCUACGACGUCAACUUCGGUGGCAAGAAGUUCCAGUUCCAGCGUCCUUACGGCAGCUACGUCAUGGAGAACGUCCUCUUCAAGGUCUCCUACCCUGCCGAGUUCCACUCGCAAACCGCCGUCGAGGCCGCGGAGCGGAUCCACCACCAGCUCAAGGCCCAGGGCAAGUCCGCCGCCGACAUCGAGUCCGUCGUUAACCGCACCCACGAGGCUUGCAUCCGCAUCAUCGACAAGCAAUUCAAGCCCAUGGACAACUACGCCGACCGUGACCACUGCGUCCAAUACAUGGCCGCCGUCAUGCUCGUCUUCGGCCGCCUCGAAGCCGGCGACUACCCAGACGCCAGCGAGGCCGCCACCAGCCCCUUGGUCGAGGACCUCCGCAAGCGCAUCUCCUGCGUGGAGGAGCCGCAGUUCACCGCCGACUACCAUGACCCGGCCAAGCGCACCAUCACCAACGGCCUGACCGUCACCCUCAAGGACGGCACCGUCCUCGACGAGGUCCUCAUCGAGGCCCCGCUCGGUCACCGUCUCCGCCGCGAAGAGGCUAAGCCCGUCAUCCUUGAGAAGUACCGCCGCCACAUCGCCCCUCACUUCAGCGCCGAGCACACCAAGAAGCUCGUCGACUUGGGUAACGACUCUGCGACUCUGUACAAGAUGUCGGUCGAUGAGUACGUUGACCUCUACGUCAAGGAGCGCAUCUUGUAA